AUGUCUACCGAAUCCGAGUACGCUCAAGCAUUGGAUCUGGACCGCAUCAAGGACUUAUUUGUAGGCGACGCCAGCUUGGAUGUGUUGCUAGAGCGGCUAAAACAGAGCACGAGUACCGCAGAAGAGUUUGCCAAGUUUAUCAAGAAAAAGGCCAUUAUUGAAGAUGACCAUUAUAACCAAAUGAAGAAGUUUGGGUCCCAGGCACGGAUGUCCAUCAAGAAUCUGAAGGUCCAGAAGUCAGCGUUCACUUCGGCUUUGGACCAAAUUAUCGAAUUUGACGAAAAAUUGUAUUCUGUUGGCAGCUCGUACGUGAAGGCUCUCACGGUAAUGUACGACGAGCUGACCUCGCUUGUAAACACGGUUGCCAGAUCUCGAAAAAUGAUCAAGGAGGAUGGAAAGCGGCGGGAAAAGGAGUGUCUGGACGCCAUUGCUGCGGCGGAAAAGGCGAAGCAAAAGUACUACCAUCUUUGCGACGAUUUGGAAAAACUUCGUAGUGAUCCCAAUAAAAAGCUGUUCUCGCUCAAGAACAGACUGGCAAUCCAGCAGGAAGACGAGCUUCAGCGCAAAAUCGACGCAGCUGACCAGGAUUACAAACUGAAGGUGAACACUUGCAAAAAGUUGAAGGACGAACUUACCCACGUCCACCGCCCCACCAACUCGAAGAAGCUCAAAAACUUGAUUUUGGAGCUAGAUAUCGCCAUGAACGUUCAGCUCCAGAAAUAUACCACCUGGAGUGAGAAUUUGAUCUUGCAUUCCGGGGUGAUGAUCAUGCCGUUGCAAGCGGGAAAACCAUCCAUGAAAACUAUAUCUUCCUCCAUCGACAACGAGAAAGAUUUGUAUGAAUAUCUCCUCAAGAACGAGUCCACCAUGAAACGCCAGACUCUUGUCCCCGUGGCAUAUACCGUCCACUCUUCAUUCCAGCGUAAUAUGAAACUGGACAAGCCAUUUUUGAACAAUCGCCUGGUGUCGGCUAAUCUGGGUGUCUCCAACACACCUGAACCCAAUCACUCUCCCAGCCCCAUGGCCCAGACCCAGACUCCUCAAAAUCAACUGUUCAGUCUGCAUCUGAACCUGGGACUUUCUACACCACAAUACGAAAACAAAGACGUCGGAUACAACUCUCUCGAUCCCGGCAACGCACCCACAACUCUGGAGCUCAAGGGACCCAAAUCACUCACGUCCCAGCUGCGCCCUUCACAGCCCACUUUUGGAGUAUCCAUUGAAGAUGUUAUUCAGUUUGCUGGCAUCGACAAUGUUCCGCUCGUGGUGAGAAGAUGUAUCGAAAUGAUAGAGACAUACGGCAUUGACAUUGAGGGCAUAUAUCGUACCAGCGGAAAUGCUAGUACCGUGCAACAAAUGAAGGAGAAGAUAGAUCAGGACUUCACUAACUACGUGACAAUUGGCCAGGACAUCGAUCCAGACCAUGUCGUUGAUGGUGAAGUCUACUGCAUAGCGCUGUUAUUAAAGCUCUAUUUCUCGUGCUUGCCUGAACCGCUUUUGACAGCUGAGUACUAUCAGUCUUUCAUCGAGACUGUUAAAUCACUAGACGAAACCUUCAUUGCCAAAAAGUUACAUCACUUGGUUUAUAAUCUUCCUGAUGGAGCCUACUUUACCUUGAGAGCAAUAAUGUUCCACUUGAACAAAGUAGCAGCACACCAGGCCACCAAUCGGAUGUCAGCUAAAAGCUUGUCCAUUAUAUGGGGUCCAGCAUUGCUCAAUGAUAACUCUUUGAGUCCCCAAGAUUUGAGCUACAAGAGCAAGGUGGUGGAGGAGCUUAUGCUCAUCGCUAAUGAGAUAUUCGAUACAGAAGAUGAAUAG